GUCAUGUUGAAGAUGAGCUGUGAGAGGUGGCUGUAAAGUGCUUGAAAUUACUUCCAAACCAGAAAACUGACAGAUUUACUCGAGCAGCCAUGAAGACAGUGUUUGUAACUGUCGGCACAACGAGCUUCGAUGAGCUCAUUGAAAGAAUCACGUCUUCAGAGACCGCUCAGGCUUUAAAGGCUCGUGGAUACGAGCGUUUGGUUCUUCAGGUCGGAAGAGGAUCUCUUCUCCCGGCUGCUGACAGCUGUCCACACAUCAAACUGGAGGCUUAUCGAUUCAAAGCCUCUCUAGCAGAAGAUAUCAAGCAGGCAGACCUCGUCAUCAGCCAUGCAGGGGCAGGAAGUUGUUUGGAGGCGCUCGGCGCAGGCAAGUCUCUGCUGGUCGUAGUCAAUGACAAGCUGAUGGACAACCACCAGCUGGAGCUGGCCGAACAGCUAUGCAUGGACUCCCACUCUUUGUACUGCACAUGCAGCACCCUGACAGAAACACUGAAGACCAUGGAUCUCUCUGUUCUUCAGCCUUUCUUGCCUGGACAGCCAAAGCAUUUUGCCAACUUUCUAGACAAAGCUCUUGGUGUUUAGUGGAACUUUAAUUUUAGAGGACUGCUCAUUUUAUGUCUCAGUGGAGUUUGAGGAUGUUGCAGUAGAGUAUGAUACUUGGUUCUUACAUUGUGAUGCAGCACACAACUGAAGCCAAUGUUGUCAUGAUACCAGAAUUUUAACCAUGGAUACAACACUAGUGUAAAACAAAAAGAUAGUCGAUAUGUCUGAUGCCUCUGCAAAAAGGAAGAAGUCCUAGACACACAAAACAGGAAACCAGUCACUGAACACAUGCCAACACACUUGUAAUAAUGUUAAUAGUAGUUGUUGAGGACCAGUGAAUUUUCUCCCCCAUUGUUUCAUCUGUGCAGCAUUGGGUUGAAAAUCUGACUGCAGAUCUGUUUUUUUCUUAGGCUUGCAUACUGUAGAUACUAUUGAAUGUAUAAUAAAGGUAGAUUGUAUUGUAUUGUAUAGCGAUCCUUUUGACAACCUAACUGACACUGAUGAACAUUGGAGCAUUUUCUGUUUUUGUAUGCAAUAAUAAUAUAUGUCAAAUUUCAUAUCCUUAUGUGUGCUGGGAAUUAUUUGUAUAUUUAUUUU